CGGAAGACGGGAGGUCGCUAUUGGCCGCCGGUCGGCGGAACGGCACCUACGGAUUGGCAGGAACUGGCGGCGCGAGGACGGCUGGUGCGCGCGGGCGGCUGGCUCCCGACGUUCGGCUGCCGCCAUGUGGAGCGGGCACGGUACCUUCGACGGCGGGUUCAGCUCCAUGGGCACCUCGGGGCCUCCGGGCGGCUACACGCAGUCCCCGGGCGGCUUUGGCUCCCCUGCCGGCACUCAGGCGGAGAAGAAGCAGAGAAGUCGCUCCCAGAACAUCGUACCCUGCACCGUGUCGCAGCUGCUGGCAGCCGAGCAGGUCGACGAGUCCUUCCGGAUCCGCGACGUGGAGAUCUCCCAGGUCACCAUCGUGGGGAUCGUUCGGCACGCUGAGAAAGCCCCGACAAACAUUCUCUACAAAGUGGAUGAUAUGACAGCAGCCCCGAUGGACGUCAGGCAGUGGGUGGAUACUGAUGAGGCAGGUGGUGAGAAUGUUGUGGUCCCCCCAGGGACUUAUGUGAAGGUAGCUGGUCACCUUCGCUCUUUCCAGAAUAAGAAAAGUUUGGUGGCCUUUAAGAUUAUGCCUCUGGAAAACAUGAAUGAGUUCACCACACACAUCCUGGAGAUCGUCAAUGCACACGUGGUCCUCAGGAGGAAUCUCAUGGAAGCAGUGAGAGGGCCGCAGUCAUUCCCCUCGGCUGGUGUGGGUGACAUGGGCAGCUACGGAGGAGCCUGCAGCCUCCCCUUGAAUGGACUCACAGCACACCAGAGCCAGGUGCUGAACUUGAUCAAAAACUGCCUUGUCCCAGAAGGCAUGAGUCUGCAAGAGCUGAAGGCUCAGCUCCACAGUAUGAGCAUGUCAACAAUCAAGCAAGCUGUGGAAUUCCUUAGCAGCGAGGGACACAUCUACUCCACUGUGGACGAUGACCACUAUAAGUCGACAGAUGCUGAGUGAGGUUGGCCCCCGCUGGAUCUAGUUCCAAGCAAACUCUUGUUGGUGUAUCAAGUUAUCCUGCCAAGCCUUGCCCUGUGGAAGGUCAUCUUUGCUCUUUCUAGCCUCUGGACAUCCCAGUGAGUGCUUCCCCCUUGCACUCCAAGGACAAGGAUUCUGUUAACUGGAUUUGGUUCUGUGCUGUCACCAUGUGACUGAGAGCAUCAGCAGACAUGGGAGAGGUGAACUCUGAAUGCUGCAGAGCCUGGGGUUGGCUUUUGUCUUUUUUGAGGAUGCUUGUGUUAGAAAGAAGAACCCCUUUGUAGUCUUGCCCUCUGGUCCUGGGCAGAUCUGCUGUUUCUAGAGCUGUUGCUCCUAGGUCACAUUUCAUUUUAAUUUCAUGUCAUUUCUUUCAUGUCAUGUCAUUUCAGUUACAAAAUGGGUAGGCAAGAGUAGUAUUCCACUCAUGGACAGUAAUCAUGAACUGAUCUUUUUAAUUGGUUUAGUUCAUUAAUUUCAAUCUCUAUUUGUACUGCCAGGUGGCCUUGUUACCAGACCUUUUGAGUGUU